AUGUCAGCAAAUUCAUCACUACCAUUAAAGCCCCAAGCUGCAGAUGACCCAGAUUUGAAAAGGCGUCGAGUGGAUAAUGCAGCAGAGCUUGGGGGACUUUCAAGAAGGGAACUUACUCCUACGGCCAAACCGGUAUCAGCAUAUGGAGAUGUUAAACAGAAACCAGCAUGGUUUAAAAGUGAUGAGGAUAGGAAUUUGAAGUAUGAAAAGUAUGGACGGCGAUUAGAUAUGGCAUCUACGAGUUAUGUUAGUAGAAAUUCAGAGCCUUUGGGUGUGGUAUCUUAUCAACGAAGAGGGGAAGAGCAAGACUCGCGAUUAAAUCGAUUGAAACGAGCUAGAGAAACAGUUGAGAGAGAUACAUCUCCACGCGAAGAAGUACAAGGUGGGGGAGAAGAAGGUGAAGAGGACGAGUCAGUUCAACCUUAUUUACAUCUUGACGUGGCGAAUCCAUCAUCAACCCGUAUACGCAAUGACAAUUAUCACACAUUUCACAGUCGUAUCAAAGAUAAGGAGAAUCGUGAUAUAAAUAGUAUAGUCAGACAGCACUACAACCAAAGAACACAGCAAUCUAAAAGUCAAGGUCCUAGGACCAGCUCCCCCAUUUACAAAUUGAGAAAUUUCAACAACACAAUCAAGUACAUUCUACUUGGCAAUUGGGCCAAACAUGAUGCUGAGUCAUCUCCAUUGUUUUCAAUAUUGGAUUUAUGCUGUGGGAAAGGUGGAGAUUUGAACAAAUGUGAAUUUAUUAAGAUCGAUCAAUAUAUAGGAAUUGAUAUUUCCGAUUUAUCAGUUCGGGAGGCUUUUAACAGAUACUCAAGACAAAAGGCAAGAUUUAAACCACGAAAUGGAGCACGAGCCGAGAACAGAUAUAAUUUUGAAGCAUGUUUUGCCACUGGUGACUGCUUUACUCAGUAUGUUCCGGAUAUAUUGGAACCAAACUUUCCCGGAAUUAUAGAGAAAACAUUCCCUGUUGAUGUGGUAUCUACCCAAUUUGCAUUACAUUAUGCAUUUGAAUCAGAAGAGAAGGUAAAUACGUUAUUAACCAACGUCUCCAAAUCGUUAAGAGUAGGUGGUCGUUUUAUUGGAACUAUCCCCUCUUCAGAUUUCAUCAAAUCAAAAAUAGUUGACAAGCAGUAUUUCAAGGAUGCCAAGACGGGCAAGGUCAAGUUUGGUAAUGGCUUAUACUCCGUUACAUUUGAUAAGGAGCCACCCGAGGAUGGUGUAUUCAGACCUCCUUUUGGUAAUAGAUAUAGUUAUUGGUUGAAAGAUGCAGUUGAUGAUGUUCCAGAAUAUGUUGUACCAUUUGAGAUUCUUCGAACAAUCUGCGAAGAACAUAACUUAAUGUUGAAGUAUAAAAAGAAUUUUAUUGACAUUUUCAAUCAGGAAAUACCUCGAUACUUUGGAAAGUUGAAUAGAAACUUAAUUGAUGGGUUGAAACGAAGUGAUGAGAAAUACGGGGCCGAGGGAGAAGAAAAAGAAGCUGUUGGGUUUUACAUUGGCUUUGUUUUCGAAAAGGUUGGAUAG